UUGCUACCGCCCACUUUCCGGAAACUGAGUUCGCAGUGUAUCUGGAGAACGGUCAUAGUAGUGUUACUGCAGUACAGAGGCAGGGUGGUAGUUACACACAAAUAUCAGUCUCUGAAGAUUUCUACACAACAGAAAAAUGGCGGCGAGUGACGCCGACGUGAACGAGAUGCUGGCGAAAUCGUCUCCCCCUGACACAGAUAAAAGGAGGCCAGCUGUCGAGACGUCCAAGUCGCCUGGAAAGUCAAAACACCAUAACUCGAGAUCCAGGUCACGUUCAAGGGAUCGGAAACACAAGUCGAGCAAUAAAAAGCACAGAAGAAGCCGGAGCAGAAGCAAAGAGGCUCGGAGAAGGGACUCGGAGAAGGCGUCGAAGUCGCACAGCAGGUUGGAGGAGACUCCGCAGGAUGAGCGGGGUCGAGAAAGGUUGUCUGAGGAGAAUGGCGAAGACCGCCACCGUCGCAAGGACAAGAAGUCUUCCAGAGGCAGGAGCUACUCCAGAUCAAGGUCCCGGGACAGGCGUCACCGCAGCAGAAGCCGGGACAAGAGGCGCUCUCACUCCCGCAGUCGGGACCGCAGGUCAAAGAGCCGCGAGAGGAAGAGGCGGGCCCGUUCCCGCUCCAGGUCCAAGCACCGGCACCGCAGCAGGAGUCGCAGCAAAAGCAGGGAAAGGAAAAAACGUACCGAGAAGGUUCGAAGGAAGAGCCGGAGCCGCACUGCUAGUCCCCCUGCUUUCCGCGGCCGAAACACAGCCAUGGAUGCUCAGGAGGCACUGGCCAGAAGGUACCGGCUUCCAUGUGGAGGCAACAUUGAUUCUCAUACAACCCUAGACAGGGUUAUGAUUGGGUUAGAAAGGGCGAAGAAGCUUCAGGAGCAGAAAGAGAAAGAGUUGCUGGAAAAACAGCAGCAGCAGGAGAAUGUUGCUGGUAAGGAUCAGGCACCAGUGGAAGCUGCCGCAGCCUCUGCUCCUCUCCUGAGUGAUGCUGUGGUUGCAGCGGCGGCAGCAUCGGCGGCUGCUGCGGCUGCUGCUGCUGCUGCUUCCUCCUCCUCCAAUCCCGUGCUGAACGUGGCGGCGUUGCUGGCUUCGGGUACACAGGUGACGCCACAGAUCGCCAUGGCUGCACAGAUGGCAGCCUUGCAAGCUAGGACAUUGGCGGAGACCGGUAUUGCCGUGCCCAGCUACUACAACCCCUCGGCAGUCAACCCCAUGAAGUUUGCUGAGCAGGAAAAGAAGAGGAAGUUGCUUUGGCAGGGCAAAAAAGAAGGGGACUCGAGGAAUCAGACAACAGAGCUCUGGGAAAAACUAAGUUUUGGCAACAAGGACCAAAACGUAAAAUUUCGCAAACUCAUGGGCAUCAAAAACGAAGAGGAGGCCGGACCAUCUGGGUCAUUGGACGAAGACGGCCUGAAGACUCUACAGCAGCAGGAAGAGAUGUUCCGCAACUUGGACGUUCAGUACGAAAUGGCCCGCUCACAGACGCACACCCAGAGAGGCAUGGGACUAGGCUUUGGUUCCGCCUUCUCAUCUCGAGGGAUGGAUGCUCUCUGACCUCCUUGACCUUGUGACCUCCAGACCUCCACAGCUUAUUGCUCUUCCAUCUGUGUACCAGCUUUGCCACUGAUUUAUUUGGUGUCUGUUGAUUUGAAGCUGGAAGCAUGGAUGUUAACUUGCAUGGAUGUUGGUUGAGUCAGAUCUGUAAUUUAUGUAGGAACAAUCCCAUAUCGUGGAACAUUCACUUGUAAAUAAAUCUUUUUUGGGGAGGGCUAGGUCUUGCAGCACCGACAGGAGCAUUUUACUCCUGAAUUAUGCAGCGGUGCAGAAGGGCACUGAGAAAUUUUGGGAGGAACUUCGGAGGAAAAUGUGACUGCUUGAUUACUGGUUUUUGUACUAAACAUGUGUAUAUAUAUCAGAUGGCUUGAAGGAAAGAAACAUCUAAGUAGAUACCAAGAGGCAUUUAGUUGUUUGCAUUCAGUUAUUACUCUAAUACUAGGUAAAUCAGUGGGACAAACAUGUCAUUUCCCACUGAGGAUAAUACUGAUUGCUGUAUUCAACGUGCACCACACAUGUCCAACAAAUAAAAGGUAUGGUAUUAA